AGGAUUUUGUCGGUUUCAGUUCACAUCUUACAAACUUUCAUAAAGGAGAGAAUCUCAGGGUGGUUUGUGUCGUGUGCGGAGCGGAGCUUGGAAUGGAUUCAGUCAGACAACAUUAUACCUAUCAUGUUGGAGACAGAAAACACAGCUGUGUGUCCUGUGGACUGAAAUUUAUGGAAUCUAGGACUUUAAGGAAUCACGAGAAAACACACCUGGGUGAGAAGGAACCUGUUGAGAAGGUUUCAUGUGACGAGUGCGGAAAACAUAUUGUCAAGAAUAAUCUAAAGUAUCACAUGAAGAGCAAACAUACUGCUGAAAAGAGUGUGGUUGUGACGAAGAACCAGUUUAGUUGUUUACUGUGUGGACACGGUACCAAGUCCAGCUGGAGUAAACUAGUUGCACAUCUAGAUCUUCAUGAGGGUAGGGAGGAUCCCAACUGUUGUAAUGAGUCUGGAUGUGAAAAUAUUCAGUUUUCUAAUCUCCAGGACUGGCAUUGUCACUUCUAUGUUGUUCACAAACAGUGCUACCAGUGUGAGUUCUGCAACAUCCUACUCAAGUAA